AUGCCCUCCGCAACUGGCCAAACCACGAAUCCUGAUCUUCCACCGUUCCCCGACCAGUCGACCCUCUCACUGCUGCCGGAUGUCUAUCUUCUGCUGUCGCGCAUCGCCCUCCUCCAGCAGCAACAAUCCAAUGGCGCUGCAACCUCCCCCACAAACGGAGCACAAGCCACUCCCAAUCCUCUCAACUUGACGCCUCUUGAUAUCAAAGAGCUGACCGCCGCUAUCUAUCCUUUAAAGCAAAAAAUCCAGAAGGCGAGAGAGACGAUCACGGGGAUGAUAGACGUCGAGCGCAGCGUGGGGGAGCAGCAAGCAGAGAUCAGGUCGCUUGAGGCAAAGGUGCAUGCACUGAAAGACAGACUGGCGCUUCUUGGCGAUAUCGCGCGUGAGGGUACGAAACAGGAGGACGAGGUAAUGGCCGGUGUCGAAGCAGAGUCGUGA